GUGAUGUACUGAUCACUCGUCGCCCUAAGGCCGAGAUGAAGAAGAAAAAAGGGCAGUUGCUAAUUGCAAACGUAGAGGCAAUAUCAAAGUCUGCAAAGAUGUUUACCGGUUGCUUGGGAGGCCGAGUGGCUUGGAAGUCAUCGCCCAAGAGGCAAGCAGGCCGCUAUAUCAAGAGGCUGAGGCAAGAGCUCGACCUCAUUCUUCAAUGUGCAAGUUUGGCGACACGCUGCUGGAGCGCCGACAGGAGUAGCACUGGGUACUGCAGCACUGUUGGGAGGAAGAAGCCGAGAGCUUCCACCUUGGCUAUGGUGCUCUACCAGCAGGAGGAGGGAGCAGGGGACCAAGGAGGAGAGUGGAAGUCUAUGAUAUCCUCGGCUGCAACAAGGCAAGCACUGAAGUGGGUCGUGCGUAACGCACGCCUAGUAGGAGGACGAGGAGGAGGAGGAUCACGAGAGACGGUAAGCAAAGCAGGGGAGGGUGCACUAGCGUCGCUAGGAUUGAGCAACGAUGAGGUCAGGUCCGAGUCCUCAAAAAGAGUAGCAAGCGGCGCAAAGGUAGAAUCGCGAGCGGGUAUGCCUGCUACUGUAGGAGGACCAGGGGGACGGGAGAUCGUCGCUAGGUGGUUGCGGCACUGGGGGUCGAAACGGGGGGGUCAGGCUGAGGGCGGGAGUGCUGUGCAGAGUAGGGGCAGGUGGACGGAGUGUGACCAGGAGACUGGGGGUCAUGUCCCUGGUCCGGAUCACUAUGCGAUCCGUCCGAACCAGUACCCUCCUCAGCGCUCGACGACUCGCGGAGCAUGGUCUGGACAUGGCGGAAGAAGGUGCGUCCAGGAACUCGGCGGGGGCCGCGGCGAGACGUGGAGAACUGUCGGGGGCGAGAUGUGCCAGGGGCAGAUGUGGCAGCGGGAGGUGCAACACCAGGCUGAGAUGUGGAGCCCACAAGAGGUGCAUAGAAGUCCAUGUUUACACCAUGGUACCGAAGUUGCUCCUCGAUGUGGUGAUCCAACCCUGGAGUUCGGAGGCCUUGCCAUCGAACUGGGGGAGUCUGUCAGGGUGGUAGCGGGGUACAUAGGGCGGAGGCUGAUAAUGAGGAGGGAGGGGGAGGGCACACUGCGACAAGAGGGCAAAGGAACUAGGGGCACCCGUAGGAGCACUAGACAAGGCCGAAAGCUAAGGCAAAGGGCCAUGAGACAUCGUGGUGGCCGGUGGAGGAAGAGUAAAGUGCAUCGUAGCGGCCUGUGUCUGAUGCUCCCGGUAGAUAAAAGGGGCAGCAGGCUGUGCCGCGAGGUGGGGAGGCAAGGGUUGACCUCCUUGGAGCCGGCGGAAGUGGUCGUGGGCCAUGGCAAUUGGUUUUGGAGCUCGACAUUUUGUGUCCUGGGUGUCAUAGGGGGUGGGGGGGGAGGUAAAGAAGUGGGGGGUGGUGAGGUAGGUAUCGUGGAUACUAGAAUUAAGGAGGUGGUGGAACACGAUGCCAUGGGUCCGGACGAGGGAACUGAGGAGGUGGGGAUUUGGGAGGAAGAGGUGGUUGCAAAAGAAAGUGCCACGUCAGCAACAGUGCCACGUGAGCAGUACCACGUCAACAAUGCCACAGUGCCACGUCAACAGUGCCCCGCCACCAUAACGGGCUCAGUUCUGGGCAUGCCAGGCCAAUUGGCCAAUGAGUCCAUUGCCGAGUACCGACAGCGUUUCGAAGCUCAGCUCGCAUUGAUCGCGGCUGAGGAACAGCGUCAAGCGGCAGCCGAGGCUGCCCGCCUACAAGCUGAAGCGGCGACAACAGUUGAAAAGCAGCGGCUUCAAGCCGAAGCCGAAGCACAUACCCAGACACGCUGCAAGGAGGCCCAGGAUUUGUUACAGCGGCAUGAAGCCACCAGCAUCGAAAAGCUCAAGUUUUGGCAUUUUGAACCAUCUGAGAAGCACGACGACGCGACACCGGAAGAGCAGCACAAGGAGUUCCUGGCCAAACUCGUGACCCGAUUGGUUUACACUUGUAACCACCUGCAAUCCGAGCUGGCGAAUCUCCGACGGGCGGUGCGGAACCACAAGGAUCUGCACGAGGAUGCUACACGGGCACUUGAUUCCAAAUGGCAAAAGAUCGCGGCGACACCCGAUCUCGAAUUGCCAUUUUCGCAUCUGCACCGGGAGUUCUACAACCGGUCAUGUGCCGCCUUGAGCCUUGCACUUGGUGAUCGAGAGCAAUACGCGACCUUCGCCGAAGUCAUUGACAAGGCAAGGGAGAUCAUCAAGACCAAUAGGGCAGCUGCACACGAGAAGUCGGCAUGGCAGCCAACCUAUGUGGAGAAAGGAAAUUUUGGUCCGCGUCCGCAGCAUGUUGCUGCAGUCCACACAGACAACAUUGUGGAAGACCCGGCAGCCACCCAAGCAUCACAUUCGGCCCCCUUGCUAGCGGCCUCCUACACAUCUGGGGAGGAUGCGAAUGUCGCAAGUCCUCGGUUUACUUACGAGGAUUAUGCUGUCCACUUGGUCCCACCGUUGGACCAACCACUCCACUUGCAACAAUCCACCACAUGCACGGUUCCACUACCAUCGGCAACCGAUUCGACAACUUCGCCGUCAUCUAUUGUCGGGGAUUCGACGACAUGGUCAAGACUUGAAGAGCUCGACCCGUUGACGUUUGCGGACUUCCAAUGGAUGCCCCUUCCACCGUCCGGUCGAUUGCCGAAACGGCAUUGCAACGUGCUCAUGGCACAAUUGCGGGAUUACUUGCACACUGCAGUACCAACUCCGUUGAUGGACGCCGGAGUAGAGAUUGUCGACCUCCACGCCUACAUUGCGAAGAUCGACCGCGUGUUCAAGACACAAUGGUACGACGACAUCGACGCGCCAUUGUUGUACAUACACAUCCAGAUCGGAGAGGCGACCUGCAACGCUUUGCUCGAUUGCGGAGCUACUCGCAACUACAUGAGCCAAGACUUUAUGGUACGCGCUGGCCUUGGGCCACGCGUUCGAAGGAAGUUGCAGCCCCCGCAAGUCACGUUGGCCGACGGUCACACGCAAAAGUCAAUCGAUCGGUGCAUUGAUGUCGUCCCCGUGUACUUUGCCCUGCAUGCAAGCGAGGUCGUGUCCUUCGAUAUUUUGGACACCAAGUUCGACAUGAUCUUGGGCAUGUCAUGGCUACGAAGCGAGGAUCACCCGAUGAACUUCUACUGCUGCACCGUUCACGUUCGUGAUCGGGACGGAGUACCAGUCCCAUGUACGGUGCCUCCUGCUCACCCUUCGAUCAGCUGCCACGUGGUGUCCGCCGCAAGCAUUCGAGCUUCCAUCAUCCGGGAUGACAUCGAGGAGAUAGGGGUGUGUUUUCUCCACGCCCUCCCGCCCCAAGACAUUCCAUCAACGGACUCACCACCGGACCCACGCAUCACGGAGCUUCUCGAUGCCUACGGAGACGUGAUCGAAACAUCGCACGGAGUAGUACCGGAUCGGCCCAUCCGCCACGAGAUCAUCCUCGAGGACGGGGCCGCUGGAUUCAGCCUAGCUCUUCGCCAUACGGAGCUCCCGUUCUCUUCAUCAGAAGAACAAGGAGCUGCAGUGCUCAACGCGCAAACCAUCAAGAACGCUGACCCUCUUCCGCGCAUCGACGACCUCCUCGAACGACUGGGCGGCGCCAAGUUCUUCUCCAAGCUUGAUCUCAAAUCGGGAUAUCACCAACUCGAGAACCGGCAGGGGGACCGCUACAAGACCGCGUUUAAAACGCGAUAUGGGCAUUUCGAAUGGCUGGUUAUGCCUUUUGGCCUUACGAAUGCCCCAACCACAUUCCAAGUGGCUAUGACAACAGAGUUCCGACACAUGCUGGAUAGAUUCGUACUCAUCUACCUCGACGACAUCUUGGUAUACAGUCGGAGUUUGGACGAGCAUGUGGAGCACCUGCGCACCGUUUUGGAGCGGCUACGACAAGCCAAGUACAAAGCCAACCGUGACAAAUGCCAAUUCGCGCGGCAAGAGCUGGAGUACUUGGGACAUUAUGUGACGUCGCUAGGCAUCCGUCUGCUUGCGGACAAGAUCGAGGCCAUCCGCGUAUGGCCCAAGCCCACCAACACCACGGACGUUCGUUCAUUCAUGGGGUUGGCAGGCUACUAUCAACGUUUCAUCACCGGGUACUCAAGGAUUGCCGCACCUAUGACGAGAUUACAAUCGCCAAAGGUGCCAUUCGUAUUCGAUGACGACGCACGCCGGUCAUUCCAAGCACUCAAGACGGCCAUGCUCAUGGCACCCGUCCUUAGCAUCUACGACCCCACCCUGCCAACGAGAGUGACAACCGACGCUUCCGGCUAUGGCAUUGGGGCAGUCUUGGAACAACAUAACGGCGACGACUGGCACCCUGUGGAGUAUUUCAGCCACAAAGUGCCUCCCAUCAAUUCACUUGAUGUUGCAAGGAAGAAUGAGCUGCUCGCGUUCGUGAUGGCUCUCAAGCGAUGGCGGCACUUCCUCCUUGGGCGUCGUAGGUUCACAUGGGUCACAGACAACAACCCAUUGACCUACUACAAGACGCAGGCUACGGAAUCCAACACGAAGAUGAAACCAAGUUCGGCUCGACAUCCACAAACGGAUGGGCAAACGGAGCGGGCACAUGAAACCGCUCAAAUGAUGCUUCGUACGCUCAUCCGUCCGGAUCAGAAGGAUUGGGUUGACCGCCUCCCCGAGAUCGAGUUCGCCUACAACACUUCGUUGCAUCUGGCGAGCGGCGUAACUCCAUUUGAGUUGCACCACGGUGGCCGGAAAGGCCGUAUCUUUGCUGAUCUUCUCCUCCCACGAACAGCCGACAUAGAUGCUGCUUGCUCCCCCGCUUUCGUUCGGAAGUACAGGGAAUUGUUGGCUCAAGCCCGCACGAACAUGCAAAAGGCUCAAGUCCGCAUGCAGCAGCAAGCCAACAGGCAUUGCGUGCCAUGUCCCAUCCGCGCCGGUGAUCUGGUGUGGGUCUCCGCGGAAGAGUUUGCACUUGAACAGGAUGUUUCACGCAAACUGCUUCCCAAGUGGUUUGGACCAUGGCCUGUAACAUCGGCCGCGGGCGAUGAGUCCGAUGGCCCCUCAUUUUUUAUCAACAUUCCCCCGCAUCUGACGGUCCAUCUUGUCUUUCACGCCUCGAAGCUGGCAACAUAUACACCAACCAAGAGCGAGGACUUCUCGGGCCGAAGAUCGCAAGAUCCUCCAUCUAUGGAUGGUCAUCAGGAGGUUGACCGUGUCAUCAGGGAUCGCAAGUACGGCAGCAAGCCUCGAUAGGCUAUGUUGCAAAAUAUGGAAAGGCUUCAAAAACUUGAUUAGCUGUAGUAUCACGUGAUGUUCGAUGACAUGCUUCCUGUCUGCGCACAGCGACAUUGCAAAAUAGGGAAAGGCUUCCAAGACUCGAUUAGCCAAAGCAUAUACAUGCUCUGAUUAGCUCAUGGGACACAGGACGAGUGACUGCGAGCUGUAAAACAGACACAAGGCAACAGAUUGGCAGCUCGACCGUUUGUCAACCUGGUUUCACUGUAUGAAUGGGUACUCUGCAGCUUACAUGAUAAAUUAAUGAUAGGUCAACUAAUGCCGCAGUUGGCAGUCAUCGAGUCCAAAUCGUAGUGCACAGGGGUUGUAGCACGAUGGCCGUUAUUCUCAGCCGCCCUUGUUUGCUAUGGUUACUGGACUGUGACUAAAGCGGCAGCAAGUGAUAUCAUCCAGACAUGGCUUUUUAUAUGUGAUAAAGGGAACGCUUAAGGCUCUGUUUGCAGCAAUAUUCGAGAAAUGCACAGUUGUACUGUAUGCUUGCUCGGCAUCGGAAGGAAGCAGUCUUUGUGAUUUAGGGCCACGUGAUCCUAGUCAGAGUAGAUGAGCAAUCUUUUGUGGCACAGAACGUGAAAGUGAUGAAUAUUUUGGAACUGUUCUUAGCAAAUGCUUAAGAAGCACCCAUGGCCAUUGGGUGAAUGGGAAUGCGUGACAUUGAGCCGAGGUCAGGGAAUCACUCUGUAGUGGCAGCAGAUGCCGUCAGUUAUGGCAGUUAGCUUGUGGUAGGAGGUGUGGACAACAAGUCCCUCGAUGGACGGUUUGUCUCAUUUGAAUUUGCCUUGCUCAGAUGAGUGCUGAUGUAUGAUGUGCUGUGGGUGUGCUGCUUGCUGUUUUACGCUGCUCAGAGUAGACAAGUUCUGACCCAACUGGGGAAACGAUUGUUUCACAUGGAUGGAAGGUUUCUCUUUUGCACAUUUAAGCACAUGGUAGGUUGUUCUUCUUGAGCUUUUGUGUCUGGCGAUGACUGGAAGUGAUGACUUGGGAAUAUGAGAUAUGGGAAUUGUCUUAGAAAGGGUGGCUGUGAGCUUGUGUACAAGAUCAGCGGGUAACCACCAGUAGGGAAAAGUAGACUGCCUCCGGGUUGGUUAUUGCAAGGAGCUCUUGACUCAUUGAAUGAAAUCCAUCUUCCUGAGGUCUUUUACUGAAUUACGGUAGCUUGUUGAUAUUGUCCCAUCAAGGUUGGUCCAUCCUGGGGGAACUAUGUUACUUGCCCCUUUUGUCCAGGAUGUAAGAGAGAAAGGGUGAGCAGGAAAGUGAGGUGCAGGUAUAAUUCUACGGGGAAGAAUACUGAGGUUGCUAGAUUGGAGGGGAUACGUGUCAGGUUCACACUUUCUCCUGUACUGCCAGGUCAUUUUUCCGGCCAGGCGAUGUGCAUGAAGAUUAGGGCUUGUGUGGUUUCUCAUGAAAAUGUGUCAUCCCGAUUAUAUGUUUCCAAGGUUUCUCCUGCAGUCUCAUGAGGUUAGGUGUGGUGAUGAGACUGCAUGAUGUGAGAGUAUAUGUGUGGCAGGGAGGGUGAAAGGGUGUUUUCUCAAAAUAUUACCUAUUUUUCUCUCUGAUCAUCCAUAACCAUAUUGAGUGGAACGCAGCAUCCAGAUUAUGUAUUUGUGAAGGUUCACAAAUAGAGUGCGUAUUUGUGUUCAUGUCCGGGACACUGUGAGAGUAUGUAUGCCAGGCUGUGUGAAAGAGUUUUCCGGGAAAAUAUGAAAAUUUAGCUUGGUUCCUCGAUCAUCUACCUCUGCCCACGUCUCAGCAGUAAAGGGUACCAUUCAAGCUGUAGGACAGGUCAACCUACCAUCUGCAGGGGCAGUCAGCAGCAGCAACCAAAACUCUUCUAUUGCUAACAAAGGGCCACAGCCCCA